AUGGCCGAGAACAACCCCCGGAUCUCUACUUCGGACUUCAAGCCGCCGGCCAACUUCGGCUCCAUGAGCGAGCAGGAGCAGAAGCAGACGUACCUGGAGUGGGCGAAGGACAAGUACAACGAGCAGUACGAGUCGUGGAUGCCGUGGAUCGAGGACCACUUCCUCAAGUACUUCACCAAUGACAACAAGGCCAGCUAUGCUACCAAGCAACAACUAGACAAGACCAAAGUCACGGGCAUAGAACAGGUCGACACGCUGCAGGACGGUGUGCACGGCCUGGUGGCGGGGCAGGUCGGGCAAGGGGGCCUGCUGCAGCCCAUCGGCGACUUCGCGUCGAAGGAGGGUGUCAACCGGGCCGAGCGCCAGGGCAAAGACGACACCGGGGGAUACCUCCCUAGCGGCGUCACCAACAACCCGGUCACCAACACCGUGUCCAGCGGUCUGGGUAGCGUGGCUGGUGGUUUGGGGCUCGGCGGUGGGAACAAGCAGCAGCAGUAG